AUGUCGAACAACCGGGUGAAGAACGUGGCGUACGAUGAUGAUGAUUUCUAUGACGAUGGAUAUGACUCACCAGAUCCCGAAGAGCAAGAGGCUUUGGCACAAUGCACCUCGGCAGUCUUACAGCAGCUCCGCGCGGGGCAGCCCUCAGUGACCGCCACGAAAGAAGAGAUCCAGGAAGCCCUAUGGCAUUACUACAACGACAUCGAAAAAUCCGUGAACUACUUGAGAGGCAAGAAGGAGAAAGAGAUUGCGAAGCAACAGUCCAAGGCUCAAAACGUGCCCGAUUUUUCAUCUUCAGCUCAUUUUUCGGCUGCCGAUUUCUUUCGUGAUUGUCCUUGGCUCAAUAUUCCUGCCCAUCGCAAGGCUGAUAUCCUCAUCGAGCCGCUUUAUCCUCGGCUUGGCUUGUUGGGUGGAGCGCCUGAGAAUGGGGGAAAGGUCUCCAAGCUUGCCGCGCUGGCUGCAGCUCGAAAGAAGAGGGAGAUUGAAAAGGCUGCGGCCGCAGCUCCGGCUGAGCUUCCAAUCACUGCGCAAUCUGAGAAGUCAGACAUAUCUUCGCCCAAACUACGGAGUACACCCCUCUCCCUGCGUGAGAGACUAGCUGCGAAUGCUAGGCCCUCAAAACUUUCCGAUGAGAGUUCUACUUUGCGACUAGGACAGCUCAGUUUGUCAGAGCCGUCGUCAGCACUUAAUGUGCCACCUUCUGAGCCUGUUCAAGCUGCAACUGUGCCUGAAUCUACAGAAAAAGCAGAAGAGAAUUUCAAGGAUACAUCCGAGCUAUUGGAGCCAGCAAUCAGCAUGCGCGCGUCUCCAUCCAUGUUUGCCAGUGCCAUACUUGGCCACGAAGCUGGACCCAGGAUUGCCGAGCCCAGCCAUUUGGAUCUUCUGAAAAUAUACGGGCAAGAUCAUGCUAAACCUUUUGAUUUUGCAGGCCCCAGUCCCGAUGAUACGGUGCUCCGUGCUCAAGAAAAAGGAUUCAAGUCAAAACCGACGGCUUCCAAAGUAUCAGGGAAUAAAAAGGCCCAGGCUGAUAUAACUAACGGCAUGGACAAUCUUUCUGUGGAAGAGAAAGUGACUGUGAAGAGUAAGAACCUGGAUGUCCUUGCAGAGUUCAACAAGUCGAACAAGAAAAAGGCAGCAAACUUCGUGGUGAUUGGACAUGUCGAUGCUGGAAAGAGUACACUUAUGGGUAGAUUGCUCGCUGACCAAGGAGCAAUCGACCAGCGGACAUUAGAAAAGUAUAGAAAGGAGGCCGAGAAGAUCGGCAAGGGUUCCUUUGCCCUGGCAUGGGUAUUGGAUCAAGGAUCUGAAGAGCGUGCACGAGGUGUCACAAUCGACAUUGCGACGAACAAGUUCGAGACCGAUACCACUGCUUUUACGAUCGUUGAUGCUCCAGGCCAUCGUGACUUCGUGCCUAACAUGAUUGCCGGCGCUAGUCAAGCUGACUUUGCUGUCUUGGUUAUUGACGCAAGCACUGGCAAGUUCGAGUCUGGUCUGAAAGGCCAAACAAAGGAACAUGCUUUGCUCGUCCGUAGCAUGGGAGUGCAGAAAAUUGUCGUGGCCGUCAACAAGAUGGACACUGUUCAAUGGAACAAGGGCCGCUUUGAUGAAAUCGAGCAACAUAUUUCCUCGUUCUUGACAACUGCCGGCUUCCAAGCCAAAAACAUCGCGUUCGUGCCAUGCUCUGGUGUCCUCGGACAAAACAUCAGUAAACGUUACGAAGAUCUAACCUCACUUUGGUACAAUGGCCGGACAUUGAUCGAAGAACUAGAGACAUCAGAGCCGUUCACCUACGCACUAGACAAGCCUCUACGCAUGACAAUCGGCGACGUCUUCCGAGGCGGCGUACAGAACCCGAUAUCAAUUUCUGGCCGUCUAGAUGCCGGCAGUUUACAAGUCGGCGAUCAGAUUCUCACAAUUCCCAGUGGCGAGACAGCAUUGAUCCGAAGCCUAGAAGUGGACAGUGAACCCAGUGACUGGGCCGUAGCUGGUCAAAACGUGACUCUCAACCUGGCAAAUAUCGACCCAGUGCACCUACAUUCAGGUGAUGUUGUCUGUCGUGCUUCCUCGCCCAUUGCCGCUAUCGCGACAUUCACCGCUAAGGUCCUUGCCUUUGAGCAUCUGAUGCCCAUGAUGGUGGAUGUGCAUCGUGGUCGCCUUCAUGUACCUGGUCGUAUCAGCAAGUUGGUUGCCAGCCUUGAUAAGGCCUCUGGUGCUUCUAUCAAGAAGAGACCGAAGAUUGUGGCUCCGGGUACUGUGGUGCGUGUUGUGGUCGAGAUGGAUCAGGCUGUGCCCCUGGAGGCGCCUACUCGCAUUGUUCUACGCUCUGGUGGCUCGACCGUUGCAGCGGGCUUGUUAGAAUAG